GGACGUUUCGAAACGACAUAACCACACAGAGCCGGCGUCGAAACAGGGACAACAUUUUUUUCAGGGAUUUUCAAAGGUUUAUCGUCAAAUACUCAUCUCUGGUCAACGAAAUUACGCCUGGGGGUUAUAAAAUAAGUGUGUUAUUGAGAGAACCCCAAAGUUAUCAACCAAAAUAUAUGUUAUACAAUGUUUAAUUUUUUAUGGUUAUGGGGAUAUCAAUCAGUUAAUCAAUGAUUUUAAAACUUACACCAUAUCAUCACCACAAGGCUUUCGUGAAAAACUUCAAUCUUUUUGUGUGUGUGUGUGUGUGUUAGAGAUCUCCGCUUUUGACACUUUUGUUUUUGAACACCUCCAAAAUGAACGCUGUGUGAUGGUAUAGUGCGUACAUUUCAGGAACUUCUAUCAAAGUUUCUCGCUACAUCAGCUCUUCAAUGACCUUUGUUGCUUCACCGACAGUCUACUGAAGGGAGCUAGUUAGAACCAGGGUGAGUCAGAAACAACGUUACGUGCUCUAACUUGUCCACCAUGGAGAGUAUGGAACGUGUCUCCUGCUCAGGUCGGGCAAAUGUCAACUCUUUUAGCCCCGCCUCCUGCAACUAUGGAAUGGGGCGGUUCCUUCCCCGAGCCACGCCCUUUAGUGACUGUAUGCAAAGUGCCGGUAUGGGGAUGGGCCACGCCCCCGGAGCGCCUUUAGGAUACUCCCCUUACUCAGCAGCAGAUUGGAACCUCCUCUACCACUCACACGGGCUAGCCAACAACUCACUCGACAGACAGGUGGGCGGAGCUUUGGGUCACCACCACAGAGCGUCCACGCACUAUUUCUCAAUGACAUCUCCUAAUAUGGUAGGCAGUGGGAAGGAUUACGGCUCUUCUCUGCACCAAUCAAAUGUCUCGUCGUCGGGGAUGGGCGUGGGGGUGGGUAUGGGCAUGGGCGCGAUGGGUGUGGCCGGGACUCACCACUCCUCCCACCACACGCCGACACACCCCGCCUACCCGUCACCGCCACAGAGGACACAGUACGACACGCCCCCCAUGGGUUACCACGCCCUGUGUGGGGGCGGGCCUGUGUCGCCCCAAGGUGGCGCCCCUUCCUGUAUGUCACCGGAUAUAGACAAGAAGGAAAACAAACCAAAAGAUUCCCCUGACCCUUACAAGCUGGACCUGUCGGUCAAGCCCCGCAAAGAGCGCACAGCCUUCACCAAGCACCAGAUCCAGGAGCUGGAGAAAGAGUUCACACUUCACAACUACCUGACCAGGCUCAGGCGCUAUGAGCUGGCCGUGGCUCUGGAUCUCACGGAAAGACAGGUGAAAGUUUGGUUUCAAAACCGCCGAAUGAAAUGGAAACGAGUCAAAGGGACAAAACUGGUCAAAGACAAAGUGGAUGGACAGCUAAAACCAAUCAUGGCGCCGAAUGUGACGUCAACCCAACAUAGCGGCGCCUGCGUCACUUCCGGUCUUCCCGGUGUUCCGCCGGAUGUUUUGGAGAACGGAAGUCGAGACGACGGGGACGAUUUGUCUGACAGUAUGGACGAUAUGUCGGACAUGGCAGGAAUGGCCACGAUGUCCUAACGACCUUCACCUUUCCUUCAUAGACCGUGCGCGCGUUGUUAUGAUUAUGGCAAGGAAAAGAGAGAGGGUGU